AUGUUGAAAGUUAUCCGCGAACCAUCCAUCGAUACUUCUCAUACGAAAUAUACUUUACCAUACUAUCUAAUAGUAUUCUUCCCAUUCAUAGUUGUCGUCAUUGAAUUAUAUUGUAUCGCUUUCAUACACUUCUUCUUGUCGGAUGAAUUCAAUUUUCAAGUUGAUCUUGCAUUUGCAAACGAACUGUACACGGAUGAAGAGGACGCUGAAGAAUCCUGGGAUGAAAUCUCUACUGAUGGGUCAGAUGUCUACAAUUCGGAUAAUGGCGAUUGA